CCCCUCCUCCUCCACUCUCUCAAUGCAUACUAAUGCUGCUAGAGGACCCUCCUCCCUCCCACCCAGAUUUCUCAGGGAUGGGCGGGAGAGGGGACAGAUAGCAUUUUCAGUUCAGUAAGGCAGGCAAUACUUAUAGCCCCAUGUCUUUUCAGUAAGCAAUAUUGAUGAGCCUCUGCAACAUGUCUAACCUGUGUGAGUGGUAUGUACUAGACCAGAGCUAGAGGAAAAGGACAUGUUUUCAUCUGGAUGGGGAGGCUUGUUUUGUUGAAAGAAGAAAGAAGAUGAGCUGGGAGGGGGAAUAACUGGCAACUGCCAUUCCCCCCUUCCACAUAGAGACAAGAAAAAACGGAGGCUACUGGAGUAUUUGUUUUUUUCUUUCGUUCUUUGUUCUUCUUCUUCCUCAUCGCCUUGCUGGGAGGUGCUUUAUCUUUUCAUUUGCUUGCUCUCUCUGUCCUCUGCCUCCUCAUCUAUUUCUCCAUUUACCUGGUCUACAAUUUCUUCUAUUUAUGAACGAGAAAAGGAAGGAAAGAUUUAUUUUUUCCUUUUUUAAAUACCUUAUCCAUUCUCCCUUCCCUUACCAUUCCUAUAACUCCCAAUCUUUCCCCCGUUACCCACACUCCCCCUCCCCCCCAUUUCUCCACUCACUGUCCACCCCAUAACUUUGGCUAGUUUUUGAAUCCACCAGUGUUUCAAUUAUCCAGAUUUCUCCACCAGAAAAGACAAGCUGGUUGAUGACACUUUUGACCUUUUUCAUGUUUUUACCUUUUCCUAUUUUGUACCUCUUCUUCUCCCACAAUCCUUUGCAUCUCUAUUUUGGGGAUUCUUAUUUAUAUUUAUAGUUCACCCUCCCUCAGUCUGAGGCUAUGAGAGGGAGAGAGGAGUCCCAGGCCUCACCAUCAUGCUACUUCUGAGAAGCAGGGAUGACAUUUUGGCUGCCAAUACACAAGGUAUUACAUUCCCACUCCUCGAUUAUGCCUGUCUGUGGCUGCCACAGCCCCUCCCACCCUCAGGAAAGGCGAGCGUCCCCCACGCCCCUGCCCCCCCAGGAGGUGAGACGUCCUCCCCGGCGCCGUGUGGCCCUCUCCUCCCUCUCCCUGUCCCUCCUGGGCCUCCUGAUGUGCCUGUUCCACCUGCCCCCCGCCUGUCACUCUCGCAGAGACAAGAGCGGGGGUGUGGCUCACUACAUCCCCAUGGCCCAGCCCCCCCACCACCAGGUGCUGCCCAAGCUGGUGCAGGGCCUCAGCAUCGCCGUGGUGCUGGUGGGCAACUCUAGCGAGGUGGCGUUGGCGGGCGCCCGGGAGAAGGACGACUUCCUGCACAUGCCACUGGCGCCCAACGUGGAAGUGCUCACCAUGAACGAGACGGACCCAAAGAGCAUCAUCAAGAGCAUCUGUGACCUGAUGACAGAGCACUGGCUACAGGGCGUGGUGUUCGGGGACGACACAGAUCAGGAGGCCAUAGCCCAGAUCCUGGACUUCAUCUCUGCACAGACACACAUCCCCAUCCUGGGGGUCCGCGGUGGCUCCUCCAUGAUCAUGGCUGCCAAGGAUGACAACUCUAUGUUCUUCCAGUUCGGCCCGUCCAUCGAGCAGCAGGCCUCGGUCAUGCUCAACAUCAUGGAGGAGUACGACUGGUACAUCUUCUCCAUCGUCACCACAUACUACCCCGGAUACCUGGACUUUGUCACCAAGAUCCGGAGCACCAUAGAGAACAGCUUUGUGGGCUGGGAGCUGGAGGAGGUUCUGCUGCUGGACAUGUCAGUGGACGAUGGAGACUCUAAGAUCCAGAACCAGCUGAAGAAGCUGCAGAGCCCCGUCAUCCUGCUGUACUGCACUAAGGAGGAGGCCAACACCAUCUUCGAAGUGGCCCACUCCGUAGGGAUCACGGGCUACGGCUACACCUGGAUCGUCCCCUCGCUGGUAGCUGGGGACGCUGAAGUGAUCCCUGCCGAGUUCCCGACAGGUUUAAUCUCUGUGUCGUAUGACGAGUGGGACUACGGCCUGGAGGCUCGCGUGCGCGAUGGGGUGGCUGUCAUCGCCAUGGCAACCUCCACCAUGAUGCUCGACAGGGGGGCACACACCCUGAUGAAGUCUGAGUGCCACGGGGCCACGGACAAGAAGGGGCCCAUUGCUGGGAACCCAAAUGAGGUGCUCAGGUACCUGAUGAACGUGACGUUUGAGGGCCGGAACCUGUCCUUCAGUGAGGACGGCUACCAGAUGCAUCCCAAACUGGUCAUCAUUCUACUGGACAAGAUGAGGCAGUGGGACAAGGUGGGGAAGUGGGAGAACGGCUCCCUGUCCAUGAAGUACCACGUCUGGCCUCGCUUUGAGAUCUACUCAGGGGCAGAGAGCCGGGAGGACGACCACCUUUCCAUCGUUACGCUGGAGGAGGCUCCGUUUGUCAUCGUGGAGGACGUUGACCCCCUCAGUGGCACGUGUAUGAGGAACACUGUGCCCUGCAGGAGACAGCUCCAAACAAUGCUAGCGGGAAAUAAAACCGUCGACUCGGGGAUCUAUAUCAAGCGCUGCUGUAAGGGAUUCUGCAUCGACAUCCUGAAGAAGAUCGCCAAGCACGUGAAGUUCACCUACGACCUCUACCUGGUGACCAAUGGAAAACACGGCAAGAAGAUCAACGGCACCUGGAACGGCAUGGUGGGAGAGGUGGAGACGAAGAAGGCCCACAUGGCUGUGGGCUCCCUCACCAUCAACAAGGAGAGGUCAGAGGUCAUUGACUUCUCGGUUCCCUUCAUCGAGACAGGCAUCAGCGUCAUGGUAUCCCGUAGCAACGGCACCGUCUCGCCCUCUGCCUUCCUCGAGCCCUUCAGUGCUGAUGUGUGGGUGAUGAUGUUCGUGAUGCUGCUGCUGGUUUCGGCGAUUGCUGUGUUUGUGUUUGAGUACCUCAGCCCUGUGGGCUACAACCGCUGUCUGGCCGACGGUAGAGAGCCUGGAGGGCCCUCCUUCACCAUCGGCAAGGCCAUCUGGCUGCUGUGGGGUCUGGUCUUCAACAACUCUGUCCCAGUGCAGAACCCCAAGGGUUGGACCAGUAAGAUCAUGGUGUCGGUGUGGGCCUUCUUCGCUGUCAUCUUCCUGGCCUCCUACACUGCCAACCUGGCAGCCUUCAUGAUCCAGGAGGAGUAUGUGGACCAGGUGUCUGGACUCAGUGACAAGAAGUUUCAGAGACCCAAUGACUUCUCCCCUCCGUUCCGGUUUGGGACGGUCCCUAACGGCAGCACGGAAAGGAACAUCAAGAACAACUACAAGGAGAUGCAUGGCUACAUGAUCAAGUUCCACCAGAAGAAUGUGGAUGAGGCCCUCUAUGGUCUGAAGACUGGGUGAGCAGGGGAAUGGGGUCUUAGACUGGGUGAGGAGGGAGAACAGGGCCUUAGACUGGGUGAGCAGGGGGAAUGGGGUCUUAGACUGGGUGAGCAGGGGGAAUGGGG